AUGGGCCGGGUUGCGUCCGGAUGGCUCGGCCCCUGUGGAGCCCGCGAGGGACAGUCUCGGACGGUCGGAAGUCAGCCUCAAGCAAGCAAAAAAAGAAAGAUGCAUCAACAACAACAACUGUAUCAUCGAACGACCAACAAACCAGGCCAACAUCAAGAGCAAGAAGGCUCAUCAUUGACAAGAGCGAAAGGAGAGAAGGCCGAAGCCAGCUACGAUGAGAAGAAGACCGACGACCGACGGAAUGUAUCAUCAAGGACGUAUCCCAAAACGAGUGCUUCUUGGACGGUCAAGAGCACACUCCAAUGUCUGAUCGGCUCAUACAUCAUCUUCAGUUUAUCAGUCUAUGUGGUCGUGGUAUUGGUCUGGAAACAAGAAUCCUCUGGGCCACUUGAUGACCCCUCGAUCGGCACAGAGUCGGCGGCCUUCGAUCCCGAAUGGUGGGCCAGUCCUAACGUCACUCGGGCCGAGCGCAUCUUGUUGGUCAUUGCCCAUCCCGAUGACGAAAGUCUCUUCUUUUCGCCCACUUUACUCAACCUCUUAUCGCCCCGACAUCUCAAUCGAACAACACCAACAACGGCAACCUUGAACGCAUCUUCGUCUACACACCCUCAUCAUUCCCAGUCCCCAAAGAACACCACCUCCGAAAACGUUCCACUCACACUAGACUCUCCGCGGGCUCACAUCCUUUCCUUAUCCUCGGGUAAUGCGGAAGGAUUAGGGAUCAAAAGGACGCGCGAAAUGCGGGCCUCUUGUUGGGCCUUUGGGAUCCCGAGCACGUCCUGUAUCGUCCUCGACCAUCCGAGUCUGCCCGAUAGUAUGUCUGUUUGGUGGCCUGAAGAUACCAUCAACGAAUUUGUUAAACUUUAUGUCGACUUGUGGAACAUCGAUCUCAUCAUAACUUUCGAUCAUCAUGGAGUAUCAGGCCAUACAAAUCAUCGAGCCAUAGCGUCUGCCCUAAGUCGACUAGUGCACACAGAUCCGAAGUUUCCGACGACGAUGAUGCUACGCUCGCCGGGAUUGAUCGAGAAAUACAGCUCACUAUUCUGGAUGCCAUAUACGCUUUACCGCCACCACCGAACUCGCAAGUCUUUUCUCCCUCAACUUGCCCGCCCUAGCUCGCAUCCCUCGCGGGACAAGAAACGGCUCGCCGAGCUCGUCCUUCAAACACUCAUCCAUCUGGACGCUUAUCAUAAUCUCUCUUCUUCUUCUUCUUCUUCUUCUUCUUCUUCUUCUUUCACUUCCGACAAUGAUACUCUCUCGACCCCCUCUCUCUCAGUAAGCCAAGAUACCCAGAAGACAUCUUCAACGGAUCCGAUAAGAAAAAGAAGACCAAGCGACUCUCGACUGUCUUCACACAACACACUCUUGAUCUCUACUCCAGGCCAAUAUUGGGAAGCCCGACGGGCGUUCAACCAACACGUCUCCCAACUGGCUUGGUUCCGGAGAUUGUGGCUAUUGAGCAGUCGGUUGAUGUGGAUCAACGAGCUUGCUCGAGUCGUCCCCAUCGACCAUCGUUUCGUCGAUCAUCCCGCUUUCCGUUCUCCUUCUCAGGCCGAACAAAUCCUCUUUCCUGUCAAAUCUAAACUCAAUCCGACUCCCGCUUCUUCUGGAGAAGAAGUGGGAGAAGAAAAUCAAAAAGUUGAAGCUCGUCUUGUUCUCCGUACUGAUGAUGAUCGACAUCCAUCGUCUCCCCUCGGCUCUAAUAAGCCUCAUGGUGACUCGCCUUCGGAUCCUCAUUGAACUUAUACAAAACUUGAAUCACUUGUAAUCUUUCCCUUUUUUUUUUUUGGCUUGAGUGUAUUUCUUAUUCUUGACUUUUUCUCUCUUUGCAUCCCUUUAUCAUUUUGUCAUCUACUUAUUUGUGUUAUAGUAUAAGACUUGUCUUUUUUUAAAAAUAUGUAAUUGAUUGAUCAAAUGGUUUUUUUUUUCUGGUGAAUGGAAACAUAGAUUACAUAGACGGGA